AUGAAGCGCCGCUUACCCUUGGUGAGAAGAUCCCGAGAUUCCGGCAUUCAAGACCAGGAGUUGUGCGAGGUACUGGCAAACCUCGACAUCGUCCCGGGCCAGCCUGCCCACAUGGCCGUCGUCAAUGCGACCCUGGCCUGGGCAGGGCUGGAGGAGCAAACGGAGGUUCAGCAAGCUUUGCACCAAGGCGCGCAGGACGUGCUGUUAGAGAAAGUCGACAGCAUCUUCGUGGAAGAGGCCAACCCUUCUGACGACGGGCUAGAGCUAUUCGAGAAUGACGACGGCGACGAUGACACGGGGCGGGCGCACGGGGGGGAGGGACCGCCACCGUAUGCUGAGCUGUAGCUCUUGGCAACGUAGAAGAAGCUGGCAGCUUUCCAGCUUUUUGCGCAAGGCAAAAAUGUCGUUCCUUUCGGCAUACAUACGUUUCUAAACCAGCAUGGCAGGCAGACACCAGGGACUUCUCGUAGAUGUAGGCAACGCAUGCUUAUACAGGCCCGACUCUGCGGUAAGGUAGCAGUAAAACUCUUGUCCUUUGUUGCUGUGCUGCAGUUGUAGCCCGUCUUCAAUGAAGUUUCUCGUCAUGGUCUGGAAGGUGGUCGAGGCUUUGCAACAUGUU